AUGGAAUCGACAAACGUGAAUGUCAGUUUACCACAACAUGAAAUUCUCUCAAAUUAUAAAUCACCAGCAAGUACAUUGAUAACACCGUCUGCUAGUAGUUAUGCAUCUGAAGAUGAUCAAGAAAAGUUUAACGAUAACAAUGAUCAAGUUCAAUAUGAAUUAUUAGAACAAGGUAGUGUUUGUAAUGCAUUCGAUCAGAACACAUCUGACAUAGCCUUCGUCGACUCUAUGUUGGACGAGUGUCUAUCUAAAUUAAAUACAGACUCAAGUCAAAUUUACCAAACUACUACUGCAUCUACAAACAUCUCUGAUGAUUUUCUCUCUUACGAAGAAUUAAUGGAUAUAUUACCUUUCACUGAAGAUUGUGGUGAAUCAACACGCAGUCCAUUUCAUGAAUGUGUCAGUAGGAGUAGUACAUCAACAUUUGCGAGCAAUACACAUACAGAAACUGUUAGUACGCAAACCCAUGUCAGAAGAAGUCAAAUCUUUGAUCCAGCAAUACAUGAUUCUAGAAUAUUAUUUGUUUCCGGAUUAAAAAAUGAUGUGAAUAAGAAUAAUAUACGCCGUCAUUUUGUUGGUUGUUUAAAUGUAACAGUAAAGCAAUAUCACACUACACCACGUUUUAAAUAUGCUUUUAUUACUCAUCGUACAGCAAGAGAAGCUGAAGUCAACCUUCGACGGUCCAUUGAUUUGCAUCUUCUUGGCCCUGCAUGCCAUAUCGAAUAUGCUAAUAAGCGUACAAUGGGCACUAGUAGUCAGCAAAGUCUCGGCAAGAAGAAAAUUCUAGUUCGCCAAAUACCACCAAAUGUUAGUGAGAAUGAUUUGCGUCAAAUGUUUGGCAAUUGUCAUAUCGAAAAGUAUUAUCCGGCAGCCAUUAUUUCUCAUGAAGCAACAAUGACAAAAACGAAAGAUGUUGCUAAUAUUUCAUCGGGGUAA